AUGCUUCGUUUUACAUUGGUUUCUCUUGUUUUCCUUGUCUGUGCUGCCAAUGCGAACCUUCUCGAUUCAAUUGUCGGAAAAAAAGUUGUGGUAGUUACUGAAGAAGAGACAGAGAAGGUCCAACUUGCAUCUGACAACGCUGAGCCAUCAGAUGAAACUGCCCUAGCUGUUAUUGACAAUGAUACCCCCAUUGCUGCAAUGGAUGAUCUUGGUGCCGAAGGACAAUCUAAUGGAGCUGUGAUCCGUGCUAAACGAUACUAUGGGUGCGGUUGUGGAUGUUGUGGCUGCGCUACAGUAGACCCUGCUGCAACACCGGCCCCAUGUGGAUGUGGAUGCUGCGGAUGCGGCUAA